AUGGCGUUAGAGAGAGCACUGCCAGCAGCGACAAGCACAACCUUCCUCACAAACCCCAAAGUUCCCUCCUUUUUCCCAACCACAACCUCCAACCACAACCACAGCCACUUAGCCUUCGCACGGCGCCGUUUCAAUAUCAAAUGCUCGUUGGAUUACAGUAGAGACCAGUACAAUAACAAUGGCAGCAGCAGCAUUCAAGUGCCCAUAGCGUAUCCUAGACCGGCUGAGGUUCAGUGGAAGAAGGAGCUGUGCAAUACGGUGCACCUCAUUGGCGUCGUCGGUCUUCCCAUUGAAAUUAAGCACCUUCCCUCUGGAAAGGUCGUCGCUUGGACCCGCCUCGCCGUCAAGAAAUCAUCUUCCGACACCUCAUGGAUCAAUUUGACAUUUUGGGAUGAGAUGGCGCGUGUUGCUUUCCAGCAUGUAGAGAAAGGCAAUCAAAUAUAUGUCAUUGGUCGUCUGAUUACAGAUUCUGUUGAAACCAAUGAAGGGAAACAGCAGACUUACUAUAAGGUAGUUGUUCAGCAACUGAAUUUUGUUGAGAAGGGCUUUUCAUCAUUGGUCUUGAAUGAUCAUGACUCUGAUUCAAUUACAGCAGUUAGAAAUACUGGCAACGGUGCCGCAAAGAACAGUACAGAAACCACACAAGAAUUGUGGCAAGCCUUUUUUGCUAAUCCAGUGGACUGGUGGGAUAAUAGGAAGACCAAGAGGAACCCAAAAUAUCCUGAUUUUAAGCAUAAAGAUACUGGAGAAGCCUUGUGGAUUGAAGGCCGGUACAAUCCGCCAUGGGUGAAGUCCCAACUUGCUAUACUGGAUUCAAGAAUGGGGACCCUUAAUGACCAAGAUCUUAAGAUGCACUCAAAUAUAUUUGCUGGGGAUGAUUUUUCGCCUUUCUAA